UGUUCGGUUGAAUUCUCUCCCCUUUUGGCAAAGCCAGUGAGAGCAAACACCCUUCGUGACUUGGUGCAUUAUUUAUCACAACUGUGCGGAUAUUCUCCUUUUCAUUUCUCGCGAAAGUGUGAAAGUCCUGCUGAAAGUUUCUUUCACGCGGAACUUCCUUUUUUGCGGAUUCUGAUUGGACUUGUCUGACCGAGAGGAGAAUCCCCUUGGCCAUUGGGGGAUUGCAAGUAGAUAGUGAAGACUCCAGUACAGUGGAAUUGUUUGCCGUGAAUUAAGCCACAUAGAACAUAACGAGGAUGUUUAGUGCUUUCGUAUAGUGAAAGAGCAUUCCCUUGGCCACAGUGUGUUUGCUUGGGAAAGAGACUACAAAUAAACUCCACACUCAAGGGCUCUUUUCUUGAAGCUCCCUUGCGGGUGAAUCCUAAAAAGGACGCAGGGGCUCUGUGUGCAUUUGUGCACACCACAAGUGUGGGGUAGGGGAGUGGAGACAAAAGGAAGGAAGAGUGUACGUAAACUUUGGUAUUAUAUAGAAAGGAGAGAAAAGUGAAUUUUGGAAGCGGAAAUCCCAUCAAAGGCACAGAGAAUUUUCUCUUUUAUUCCAAAGUUGAAAUUAAUAACAUAAACAAGUGUUUGGUGGUUUGUCUCUGCAUCCUGGUGAACUAUAUUGCAGCAAAUUGCAGUCAAUCUCAUUAAGAUUUGAACCACAUAAAUCCUUCAGCCGCGACAUGAGCAUCGAUCAAUGUCGCUGAGCACACAGAAUGGGGCAUCGGGUAAUCAAUUUAGUUGGUGAUCUUCGACCACGAACUCAUCGGCCGGCAGUUGAUUGCCACGAAAGCGGGAGAAUGUCGACAGGAUACCGCUCACAGGAGCGGCAUCACCAUCGAUACAAUCUGGCGAAAAUUGAGUUUGUCAUCCUCACGGGAUUAAUUUGUCUCGCCACAACAAGUGGUGUAUGGGCUGGUUAUGCCUGCCUGAGCAAUCCCUGUGUCUUUGGUGUCUGCAUUGAUGACCUGAACAGCACGUACUCCUGCUACUGCAUCGAUGGCUACACAGGUGUGCAGUGUCAGACAAAUUGGGACGAGUGCUGGUCAUCGCCGUGCCACAACGGAGGGACGUGCAUUGACGGUGUGGCCCAGUACAACUGCAGCUGCCCAGAGGGGUUUGCCGGGUUGAAUUGUGAGGAAAAUCUGGACGAGUGUCUGUCGAACCCGUGUCAAAAUGGUGGCGUCUGCAAUGACCGAGAUAACGGCUACACAUGUACCUGCUUACCUGGAUUCCUGGGAGGACACUGUGAGAUUGAUGUAGCCGUAUGUGAGACAGAUGGAGGAAAUGCAACGGAACGAUGCGAGAAUGGCGGGGAGUGCAUCGAAGGGCCCGGUCUCACAUUCUCAUGCCAAUGCACUGCUGGAUGGGAGGGUAGUCGGUGUGAGGAGGAAAUAGACGAAUGCGCCUCAUCGCCGUGCCAAAAUGGGGGCGUCUGUGUGGACAAACUGGCCGGAUACGCGUGUGCCUGCAUCACAGGAUUCACCGGAAAUGACUGCGAGGAGACAAUUCUCGUGUGUGAUGACUCCCCGUGCAGAAAUGACGCUCUAUGCCUCAUGGAGGACGGUCAGCCGGUUUGCUACUGCGUACCCGACUUUCAUGGUGAAAAGUGUGAAAAUCAAUACGAUGAAUGUCUUCUUGGACCAGGGUGCCAAAAUGGAGGGAGUUGCAUCGAUGGUGUGGAUGAUUUCUCAUGUUCCUGCCCACCUGAUUUGAGCGGUUCUCUCUGUGAGUGCUUAAUUCUGCCGGAUGGCAAUUUCAAUUGCAACUACACUCGCCCACUCGACUGCACUGCACCACCCACCAGCACCCUUUCCACAUCCACCCUCGAUGCGGAGACUGAAAGCUCAACACACCGCCUGUGGACGACAUCCACAGAAAUGAGUGAAACUACGACGGAAUUUACCUCAACUGUGCCAACUAUUCGAACCAGCACCACUGAAGACGCCCAAAGCACCACCACAGAGAGUCGUGAAGAAACCACGUUAACGGAAACAACGUCUGAAGGGAGCACGCCUGAAAAUUUAGGGACAACUGUGUCCACCACAGUUACUUCGGAGGAACCUCUUGGGAGCACCUCAAGCACCCCAGUGAUACCACGAAGUACAGAAUGGUUGGAAACAACCAGCGAAAUAAGCUCCUCAACAUCCACCGCGGUUCCCACAACUGAGACCACAACGGAGGCAUCGACAGCCGCCACCACAUCGACCAUCCCAUUCACCACAUCAACCCCCGUGGAGGAGACAACGCCGACUGAGAGCUCGACAAGCAUCCCAACUACUCUUAAUCCCUUCUUCACCACCCACCCAUCGACUCGGUCAACAACGCCCACCGACGAGGAGACCACGUUCAGCACAGACAGCACAAUUGGCACCAUCCCGACGAUGAUUCCGGUGGAAAAUUACACCGGAAGUCCGGAUUGUAUGAGGCAACCCUGCCUCAGUGGGGGAACAUGUGUGAGCACGUCGCAAGGAAUGCGGUGCAUGUGCCGCUUCAACCGUCAGGGAAGCUUCUGCGAGAGUCCCCUCGUGAUCAGGCACGCCGCCUUCUCGGGGAAUUCCUACGUCAGCCAUCGUAUCUUCCGCCGACUGUCAGCCACACUCGAAGACGUUCUACCCAUGCAGAUUGAACUGCGCGCCAGGACACGUGCCACAGAUGGGCUAAUCCUUCUGGCUGCAGUUCAGGGAUUCCGUGGUAGUCACUACAUUGCGCUCUUCCUUCAUCGCGGGUUGCUGCAGUUCCAAUUCUCCUGUGGACUACAGACAAUGCUGCUCAGUGAACUAGAAGCUCCCGUCAACACGGGUCAUGAGAUGGUCAUACACGCAGCCCUCGACUUUAGCCGCAACUUUUCCCACUGCAACGCAAGCCUGCGCGUCAAUGAUACCCUGGCUAUGAGUGGGGACCAGCCAACGUGGUUGAGUGCGGCUGCAAGGCAAGAUCGGCGGCCUGGGAGGGUGAUCCAGAGUGCAUGGUUGCACCUGGGUGGCGCCCCGCAGGCCCCCUUUGGACUGAUAAAUGACCUGCCAGCUGCUGGAGCUGAGGGCUUCACAGGAUGCUUGCGCACACUGAGGAUUAAUGGACAACCACGGCAGAUAUUCAGUGAUGCUGAGGAUGGUUUUGGGAUCACGGAAUGUGGAUCUCUGGCAUGCUUAGCCAAUCCCUGUCGCAAUGGGGCCGUUUGCAUUGAAUUGGAAAUGAAAAUUCCGGAGGAAGAGACUCUACUGAUGGAGGAGGAUGGCCUGGAGGAGGACGAUGAGGUGGCGACUGGUGUGGAAAAGUGGCUCUGCAAAUGCCGUACAGGCUACAUUGGACCCACAUGCGAGAUUUCCGUGUGUGCUGACAACCCAUGCCAGUAUGGGGGUACUUGUGUCCCCUUUCCUGGCAGUGGCUACCUCUGUCUCUGCCCCUUUGGCAAGCACGGUCACUACUGUGAGCACAACCUGGAAGUAGCUCAACCGACUUUCUCAGGAAGUGUCGAAGGUCUCUCAUCGUAUGUGGCUUAUCCAGUACCAAUCCCAUUGGAGUAUUCCCUGGAAAUGACCUUCAAGAUCCUCCCAGCGACCAUUACGCAGAUCUCUCUGCUGGCUUUUGUGGGUCAGAGUGGGUAUCACGACGAGAAGAGCGAUCAUCUGGCUGUGAGCUUCAUCCAGGGCUACAUUAUGCUGACGUGGAAUCUCGGUGCUGGCCCCCGGAGGAUAUUCACGCAGAAACCUCUUGAAAUUCAAGGGGAUGGGCCGCAGCAACCGCACACGAUCUCCGUUGGUCGCAGUGGUCGACAAGCUUGGUUGUCCGUCGAUGGGAAGGUUAACGUCACGGGAAGGGCUCCAGGAAGCCUCACGCGUAUGGAUGUGACUCCCAUCAUCUUCCUGGGUGGGCAUGAGGUUGGAAAUUUCUCCACACUCCCACACGAUCUUCCACUUCAUUCGGGCUUUGAGGGAUGCAUCUAUGACGUUCACCUGAGGGCUGGACAUGUGACGGUACCACUGCAGGAUACAAAGGGUGUCCGGGGGAGAGGUGUUGGUCAGUGCAACACAAGAGAAUGCCACAGACAUGCUUGUCAGCACGAUGGGGCUUGUCUUCAGCAUGGAGCAACAUUUACCUGCAUCUGCCAGGAAGGAUGGUUUGGGCCACUUUGCACACAAAAUGCCAAUCCAUGUGACUCGGAGAACAAUCAGUGCACCCAAGGAUCCACCUGUGUACCCCUCGUGACUGGGUAUGAGUGUGACUGCCCCACAGGACGAAUGGGGAAGAAUUGUGAAGUUGGAAUAAAAUCCCUGAGCGACGUCUCCCUGACGGGUAGACGUUCUUAUGUAGCAAUUGGCUGGCCAGCUGUCCCCGAGGAGGACACACAGGAAGAAAAUGAGAUCCUUUUGGAUGCACUGAAGGUGGAAAAACCCCGCGUGAAUGCAUCCGUUGCGUCCUUCCCACGUCAACGAGCUGCUUUCACUCCCUUCAAAUUCACACGCCCCCUCAAUCCCAUCCGGAUGAGAUUUAUCAAUGAAGUGGAACGCCCACAGGCACCACAGAAGCCCCUAAUGAUGCUCACAGCCACACAGAAUGUUGCCCACAUUGCUGUUCAGCAGUACUCAAUUGAAUUCCAGCUGAGACCUCUCUCAGAACGGGGUUUGCUUGUCUUCUUCGGCGCUCGUGGAAGUGAUCUGGACAGCACACUGGGAUUCGUGAGCCUCUCCCUGCAGGGAGGAGUUGUGGAAUUCCGCGUCUCGAGUCAGAAGCAUCAUGUUAGCAUUGUCAGGAGUAGCAGGAUGCUGGCUAUUGGGGAGUGGCACAAGGUGAGAUUUGCUCAGAGUGGGAAGAGGCUGAGUUUGUGGAUUGAGGGAAGUGCCACGAGUGCUUCCACGGAAACCAGUGGGAUCUUCAUUGCGCGCAAUACGAAGAUUUUCCUCGGUGGCCUUCCGGAUCUCUCGCAUCUGCCCUACAAUGCCAUCUCGGGCUUCCCUGUGCCCUUCCGUGGAUGCAUCCGGCAACUCUCAGUCUCCGGAACACGAAUUGUUCUCAAUGAAACAAACAUUUUGGAUUCGAGGAAUGUUCAGGAUUGCGAUGGAACUGCCUGCGGGGGAGAUUCAUGCGAUCUUGGGGGGCAUUGUUGGCUCGACGAGAAGCUCCAGCCGCACUGCAAAUGCCCCGAGAAUGCAAAGGGGGAUCGUUGUCAGAUCCCUGAAUCCUGCCAUGUGAUCUCGUGCAAGAAUCGUGGGAAAUGCCAGAGGAAUGGGGAAUGCAGCUGCCCCAAUGGCUGGGGGGGAUUCUUCUGUGAGAUUGCCACGAGUAAAUUCUCCACGCCCAGCUUCAAUGGGAACAGCUACCUCGUUGUCCCGCCACAGCGUAUCCCCGUGAAGGGGAAACGUGCUGGUCCAGUGUUAUUUUUGCGAUCUCCCGAUGGCAUGGAGAUCUCCCUGAACUUCUCAACAACCCACCGGAGUGGGUUGCUGCUCUGGAGUGACGUCGGUGAGCGAUUCUUGGGCGUUGGGCUGGAUCGGGGACGCCUCCGGGUGGCGAGUAGUGCCUUGGAUUCGGGCAAUGGCACAGUUGACAUCGUCACGGGGGAUGCCAUCACGGACGGAGCGUGGCACAAUCUCCUUCUCACGGCGGACGGGGAGGAGUUUCAGCUCUCCCUCGAUGGGCGGCGGAUCUUCUCCGAUGAACAACUCCGCCGGAGUGGCUUCAAUGUCUCCGCCGGCCACGGAAUUACCCUCCAAGACACCUUCUUUAUCGGAGGCUUCCCGAGCCCCGACACCGUGCAAAGGCGCACCGGAAAUAAAUUCCGACGCCCAUUCAGCGGAUGCCUGCAGGACAUCAGCCUCGGUCCCGGCGAUGCAGCCCCGGAAACGCAUAUCGCACUACGGGAUCUCGAUGGGGAGAAUAUUGGGGCGUGCGAAUUCGUGUAAUUACCCUCCCGUGCGGCGGGGACAAAGAAAUGGGACUUUUUUGUAAAGAGAUAAAAAAAAAUACAUUUUUUACACGCAGAGAGAAAUAAAAUUAAACGAUAUGAGGGUGGAUUUUAAAAAUAAGACGAUUAUGUAAAAAAAAAGAAAAAGAAUAAUUUUACGUGGUAGUCGGAAAAAAUAUUUAAAUAAUGUGUAAAAUGGAUUGAAAAUAAAGUUUAGAAAUUUUGAAAUAAAAAUUAAUUUCGUUUGAAAUGUUUAUUUU